AUGGGAAGCAGCAACAGAAGCGAAGAACAAAAAAAGCAAAUGGCAGAACUGAGCAAAAGCCUUAAAGAAGGGGAGAGGAUUCUGGAGCCCACGCGUAGACCCGAUGGUACGCUUCGGAAACCCAUCAAGAUUCGAGCUGGAUAUGUUCCACAAGAUGAAGUUGUCAAAUAUCAAUCCAAAGGCGCUUUGAUAAAGAAGCAGAUGGAGUCAUUAGGACCUCCAGGUUAUGAACCUGAACCAGCUCCAGCUCCGAAGCCAAAAUCUAAAGGUGCUAAGAGGAACGAACGUAGGAAAGAGAAGAGAUUACAGGCUACUGAAAAAGGUAACAGCUCUGAGGAUGGAUUAGCUAGUAAUGUAGACAAGGAAGAUGCUGUUUCCAUUGUGACUCCAAGCAAUGGAUCCCAAUCUGUGAACGUAUUGGUUUCUGGCUUGGAGGCUUUGGACGUUUCUUCAAAUAAUGCUGUAGAAGACACGGAGAAAAGAAUACGUGCACUUAAGAAGAAAAUCCGACUCACAGAAGCUCAACAGCAAAAGACUGCUCCCAGAGACCUAAAGCCUGAGCAAUUGGAGAAAUUCUCAAAGUUGGAGGAAUGGAGGCAAGAGCUCAAGGCUUUGGAGGAUAAGCUUUCUGAAGCGUCCACAUGA